AUGUACAGUUCACCAUACUAAAAUAAUUUUAAUUAAGGAAGUUAAAUUUAUUAAAAUAAUAAAAUUCCUUAUUAAUCAUAAUAUCCUGUAAGUUAACAAGUUGGAAGUUAUGCUGGCUCAUACGGAGGUGGUCCUGCAAUGGGAGGAUCUCGUAUAAACUAAGGAUUAUAUAAUUAGGAUUAUUAUCAUAGGGUGGAACCUUAAGUUCGUUCAAAUUUAAUAGCUGGUGCAGAAAUAUCAGAAAUAGAAAUGAUAUUGGAAGCAGAAAGAAGAAAAUAUAAAGAAACAAGAGAAAAAAUUGAAGACGAUUUAAAUAAUGAAAGAAAGUUAAGGGUUGAAUUUGAGAAUAAAUUGAUGCGUUUAAAAGAUGAAUCAAUGAAAAGAGAGAUGUUUGUUAGUGAAUUAGAGUAUAAAGUAAAUACUUUAGGUCAAGAAAACGAGUCAAUAAUAAGUGAAAAUCGUUCAUUAAAAGAUGAAUUAUAAAGAAUGUAGGAGGUAUAUAAUCAUAAGAUAAGAGAAUUGGAAGAAAAUGUACAAUAUUUAUAAAGAGGAGAAGUUUAAAUGGAAGAAAAAUUCAAAAUGGAAGUUGAUAGAAUAAGAAAAGACGGAGAAAGUGCUUUAGAUAAUUUAAAUAGGUAAUGGGAGUUUAGAUAUAAGAGCUUAGAAGAAAAAUGUAAGAAUUUACUUUAGUUAAAAAACGAAAUGGAAAACGAAAUUAAUAAUUUAAAUAAAGCAAUAAUGAAAAUUAAAAUUGCUUCAGAAGAAGAAUUAAGAUAAAGAUGUGUUUAAAUUUAAGAAGAAGAAUAUCGUAAAUUUUCAGCUAAUUUAAGAACUGUAGAAUAAAAAUUAAGACUUUCAGAAGAAUAAAAAGAUUAACUUAGCAGAAAAAUACAUUAACUAGUUUAAGAGUUAUAAGAAAAAGAUAGACUCUUAAAUGAUAAAUUUAUGGAAAGUAAUAAAGAAAUAAAUGAUAAAAAUACAGAAAUAAAUGAUUUAAAGAAUUUCAUAGCUUAAAUGGAAAUUGAAAGAGAUAAAUUAUUUAAAGAACUUUAAGCAAAAGAAUCUCAUUUAAGUAUACUUUAAGCUGAAUACUUGGAAUUCCAAAAUCAAUCUUGUCUUUUUAAAAAAAAUCAAGAUGCAUAAUUAGAAGGAAUGUAAGCUGAAUUUACACGUGAACGUAGAAGAUUAGAAGAUAUAAGAGAUCAAUAAGCUAGAAAAAUAUAAGAAUUAGAAUCUGUUAUUAGAUAAAUUGAAAACGAAAUGGAUAAAUGUAAAUAAGAAUAUUAGAAUUUAACAUAAAUGCUAUAAAAUAAUAUUAAUAGAACUAUUUCCUAAACUGUAACUGAAAAUCAUACUUAUAAAGUUCCUAAUACUAAUGUAGGACCAAAGUUUGAUUAUAAAUAUAAAUGA